CCACCUCGACUCUUUCAUGGUCCCUCUAAAUUCUCUUUUCACUCUCAUCUCGUUUCUUUCUCUUUUCCUUUUGUCACAAAGCUGCAGAUCUCUCUCUUCCUUUUGUCUUUCGUCCUCGAUCUACACCUAGAUAGGCUGCAGCUGCAGCAGGCCUUUGUCUUUUGCUUCCUUCCAGUUCCAGGAAGAGUACUGCCUGCCUGCCCUGUAAAAACUAAGAAGCUGACUAGAGAUCACUGUUGGGGGGUGCAGAUCUUCAAGGACACUUACGUACGUUGUUGAGACAAGGUAUAUACAUAUAGCAUGAAGGAGAGUGGCAGGAAAGCAGGUGCCCCUUCACCCUGCGCAGCAUGCAAACUGCUCAGGAGAAGGUGCGCUCAGGAUUGUGUUUUUGCUCCUUAUUUUCCAGCAGAUGAGCCCCAGAAGUUUGCAAAUGUCCACAAGGUGUUUGGUGCCAGCAAUGUCAACAAGAUGUUACAGGAAUUGCCAGUGCAUCAGCGAGGUGAUGCUGUCAGUAGCAUGGUUUAUGAAGCAAAUGCAAGGCUGCGUGACCCUGUGUAUGGCUGCGUUGGGGCCAUAUCCUCUCUGCAGCAGCAGAUUGAUGCGCUGCAGACCCAACUGGCACUGGCUCAGGCUGAGGUGGUGCACCUCCGUCUGCGGCAGACCGCAUCAUUCUCCCCCCAUGGGUUCCACCCCGGUAGCCCAAGCGGUAGCGGCUCACCCUCAUCUAGGCUCAUGGGUUCACAUGUCAAGCCCAUCUUUGACAUGGAUCAUAUGGUGGUGGAUCAGGCCAGCUUGGGAGAGUCAAUGUGGUCAUGCUAGUUUUAAUUAUAUCUAAAAUAUUAAUUAGUCCCCCUAAAUUUUAUCCAUCUGAUAUAUAUCCUCAAUAUACUUGUGCUUGGUAGAAGUAAUUAAUUGCCUUGGCUGCGGUGAUGGCGGUGGUGGUGGUGAUUGGAGCGGUGGCGGAGGCCAUUCGCCCGCUUUGGUUUGAAAUAUGUCUUUUUAUCAUUAAGUUAUAAUAUUAUAUGUAUCUUGUAAAUGUAAUUUUGAUAUAUCUUAGCCAGUUAGUAAAAUUAAUACUAGAUUGAGGACUUGAGAUCAUGCUAUUUGAAUGGAUUGUCCACAGUUAUUACACUAUUAAGAGAUGAUUUGGGUAUGAUUAAUAGCAAGUGAGCAUCAAUGGGUGGCAUUUACUACUGGUUUCAGGAUUGGGUAUGUAAUUUGUUCUUGUGGUUUGGAAAUAUACAAUGACAUGUCAGCUUUUGGAGUGGA